UAGGUGGGAAAUGCGCAUGUGCGCUAGAAUAUUUACACGGUCGGAGAGUUUACAAGGACACGACGAGUUUCCGUGUUUUAACUGAAACACUUUGAAAAAGCGGAGGAAAAGAGAGACUCGUCUGCGGUCAGAGGUUCGGUAAAAUGUCCUGUUUGAGUCCGGUUCUGUCCGGCAGAACCAGGCUGGUCCGGUACCUGUCCGGGAUCAAUGUGUUGGUCCGCAGCCUGGCUGCCAGCAGACCGGCCUCUGCAGCUGCUGCCUGCUCCGUAAAGAACUAUGAGCUGGUCCGAACCAGAACAGCUGGGUCCGACCAGAACCCAGCCGGUCCGGACCGUCACCUUUACCUGUGUGACCCAGGGGGCCUGCAGCGCCCCUUGGAGGAAGAAGGAGAGCACAGCAGGAGAAACGGGCUCUCGGGUUUCCAGGUAACUGAUGAAGUUCUUCCCUCCGAACUUUCCGAACCUCCCGGUUCCGACUCCAGGGUGGAGUGUGCCAUCCUGUCCUGCCCGGAAGCGUUAAGAAUAGACUUCCUGUCCAUGUUCCCGGAGGCUCCAGGGUCCGACCUGACGGUCAUCACUGUGACCCAGAAGACCCGAAGCGACAUGACGUCAUGGAGUGACGCGGUGGAGCGCGAGCGGGAGGAGAAGCUGGAGACGUUCAUCCACGGAGCGCUGGAGAUCUGCGGGGCCCUGCGGGACGCCGGCUUCUGGGCCGACUUCAUCGACCCGUCCUCCGGCCUGGCCUUCCUCGGCCCCUACACCAACAACUCGCUGUUUGAGACGGACGAGCGCUUCGCCCAGCUGGGCUUCCGUAUCGAGGACCUGGGCUGCUGCCGGGCGCUGCGCCAUCCCCUCUGGGGGACGCGCGUCUUUGUCGGGACGAUUUUCACCAGCGCCCCGGCCGGAGCCUCCGUCCUGGAGAAGCUGCUGAGCAUCUAAACACAGCAGGCAGAACAACUGAUUGUGUCAACUUUCUCACUGCAUGAACGUCCCAAAUGUUGAAGAGGUUAAAUAAAAAUAGUUUUCAUUCAGAGAAAAGUAAAGAAACUGUUAAUUUUUGG